UCCUCUCCGUUUUCAUUUCUCGGAUCACGAAAACCAAAUCCCAAACAACAGAUAUUUUCACGAGGCGCUCCGGAUCAAUAUGUCGAGUUACGCUCGUGGCGGCGAAGACGAUGUCGAUGACUUCGACCAGUACGAUCCAACGCCGUACGGGGGCGGUUACGACAUCGUGCUCACCUACGGCCGGCCUCUCCCGCCGUCCGAUGAGACCUGCUACCCUCUCUCCUCCUCCACGCAUUCCGAUGACUUCGACUAUGAUCGUCCCCAGUACACUUCCUACGCCGAGCCCUCCGCCUAUCGCGACGAGGCCCUCGAUACUGAAUACAGCAGCUACGCCCGUCCCAAGCCCCGACCCGGGCCCCCUCCACCCGGUGAGGGAGAUUUCGGAGGAGGUGAGUAUGGGGCCAGACCGGACGUUGGUCAUGGGUUCCCUCCUCCUGGGGUGAACAGGCCCGGGUAUGGUAAGCCCGAGUAUAGAUCGGAAAGGCCCGGAUCUGAAUACGGAUCUGGGUAUAGCCGGCAAAGUGAGCCUGAGCAGGAACCCGGAGCGGACUACGGAUCCGGAUACGGACGGAAGAGCCAGUAUGAACAGACUGAAUCGGGAUACAGAUCUGGGUAUGGGCGGAAAAGCGAAUAUGAGCAGCCACCCCCAUCGGAAUACGGUUCUGGAUACGGUCGCCAGAGUGAGUACGAGCAGCCACCCCCAUCGGAACAUGGAUCUGGAUAUGGGCGGAAGAGUGAGUACGAGCAGCCACCCCCAUCGGAAUACGGAUCUGGAUAUGGGCGGAAGAGUGACUACGAGCAGCCAUCCGAAUCGGAAUACGGAUCUGGAUAUGGGAGGAAGAGCGAAUAUGAGCAGCCACCCGCACCGGAAUAUGGGUCUGGGUACGGGAGGAAGAGCAAAUAUGAGCAGCCACCCGCACCGGAAUAUGAAUCCGGUUAUGGCCGGAAGACCGAGUAUGAGCAGCCACCCGCACCGGAAUAUGGAUCCGGUUAUGGCCGGAAGACCGAUUAUGAGACUACCGAAUCGGAAUACGGAUCUGGGUAUGGCCGGAAGCCCGAGGAUGAAGCGCCCCCAUCAGAGUAUGGAUCUGGAUACGGGAGGAAGCCGAGUUAUGGGGAGGAACAGGGUAGCGGUGGUUACGGGUAUGGAGGGAGGAGUGAGAGGCCUGAGUACGAGAGUACUGAGCAUGAGAGGCCGAGUUAUGGGGACGAGCCGCCUCGGAGGCAGAGUUAUGGGCGGUCCGAGGAGGAGAGCUAUGAGAGGCGUGAUGAUGAUGAUGGUGGCGAGAGGCGCAAGUAUGGAUACGGUGAAGAGGGUGAAGAGGGCUAUGGGCGCAAGAAAUACGGAGAUGAUGGCUCUGAUGAUGAUGAGGAGAAGCGCCAACAUCAUGGGCGUCACCACCACCGCAAGAGCUAUGAUGAUGAGUGAUUGGAAUGGAAUGCAGGUUGCUUUGUGAAUGGGAUUCGUGCCAUAAUUUGAUACUAAAUAAAGGGUUGAGGCAUGACUUCCUUCGAGUCCUUUUUCAAGUGGUAUUGUACUGGUACAAGUCUGGAGUGUUCCAUACUCGUCGUGUUUGGCUAUGUAAACUCAAGAGUAUACCUCAGUAGUAUACCUCAGUGUGUGCUUUUAAAUAAAAUCCCAUACACCUGGGCUGCUGUGUGUUCAAUCA